AGGUUUUAAAAAUAUUCAAAGAUAUGUUGUGGCUAAAAUCUUCACAGACUGUAGAUUUAUGAUAGCUGUAUCAAAAUGUUAAACUUUGAACUUUCACCGCACCUGUCGGGGUCAUUGCCAGGUCACGAGUUCGUGUGAAGAGCCAUCAUGGCGAGUUUCCGUUUCAAUCUCGUCAAGCGUGUUCCACAGUUCAGUACCUCGCUGUAUAAAAUCGCCAGACGAUGUUGUUCCAUCUACACGAUGCGUGUGGACCCAAAUGAACCUACUUUUGACAAAAUCCUCAUUGCCAACAGAGGAGAAAUUGCCUGCAGGGUGAUGCAGACAUGUAAGCGGAUGGGCAUCAAAACAGUCGCCAUCUUUAGUGAGGCUGACAGACAUGCUCUCCAUGCCCAGAUGGCGGAUGAGGCCAUGUACGUUGGCCCGGCUCCGUCCAAUCAGAGUUACCUGGUCAUGGAUCGUAUCAUGGACAUCAUACGGAAAACUGGCGCACAGGCUGUCCAUCCUGGCUACGGCUUCUUAUCAGAGAACAAAGAGUUUGCCAAGAAACUAGCAGAUGAGGGUGUGGUGUUUAUCGGCCCUCCCUCCGGAGCCAUCCAGGCCAUGGGAGACAAGAUUGAAAGUAAACUGCUGGCCAAGGAGGCCAAGGUCAAUGUCAUCCCAGGCUUCGAUGGUGUCGUCAAGGAUGCAGAUGAAGCUGUACAAAUUGCCAAUGACAUAGGUUACCCAGUAAUGAUCAAGGCUUCAGCUGGUGGGGGAGGAAAAGGCAUGAGGAUAGCAUGGAAUGAUAAAGAAACAAGGGAUGGUUUCAGACUUUCUUCUCAAGAGGCUGCAUCAAGUUUUGGUGACGACCGUUUGUUGAUCGAGAAGUUUAUUGACAACCCAAGACACAUAGAGAUGCAGGUCCUUGCUGACAGCCAUGGUAAUGCCUUGUACCUCAAUGAGAGAGAGUGUUCCAUCCAGAGACGGAAUCAGAAAGUGGUGGAAGAGGCUCCGAGUAUAUUCCUGGACCCUGACACAAGAAGAGCCAUGGGAGAACAGGCUGUGGCACUGGCCAGGGCUGUGGAGUAUACAUCAGCUGGCACAGUUGAGUUUCUGGUGGAUUCUCAAAAGAACUUCUACUUUCUUGAGAUGAACACAAGAUUACAGGUGGAACAUCCGAUCACUGAGUGCAUCACAGGAGUCGACAUUGUACAGCAAAUGAUUAGGGUCGCAAAAGGACAUGAACUUACCAUGAAACAGAGUGAUAUCCCUAUAAGAGGCUGGGCUGUGGAGUGUCGAGUCUAUGCUGAGGAUCCCUACAAGUCUUUUGGUCUGCCAUCCGUGGGUUGGUUGUCUAGAUACCAGGAACCAACACAUCUGCCAAAGGUGCGGUGUGACAGUGGUAUUCAGGAAGGCAGUGAAAUCAGCAUGUACUACGAUCCCAUGAUCUCCAAGUUGGUGACCUACGGAGACAAUAGAGAGGAGGCCCUACAGAACAUGUGCAGAGCCUUGGACAACUAUGUCAUCAGAGGGGUGACCCACAACAUUCCUCUCCUGCAAGAAAUCAUCGCCCACCCGAGGUUCGUGUCUGGUGACAUCAACACUAAGUUCCUGUAUGAAGAGUACCCUGAUGGCUUCCAAGGUCGUCAGUUGUCGGAUGCUGAACAGAAGGAAGUGGCAGCCAUGGCUUCAUGUAUCUACCUACGGGACCAGGUCAGGGCGGGGGCGUUCAAAAAUGAAAACAGAAUGCCCCUCCGACCCGUCAACCCUGUAGCCUGGGACAUCACUGCUAUUAUACAGGGGCAGGAGAUGCCAGCUACCGUCACAGAAAACCAGGAUAACUUCACUGUAACCAUAGAAGGCCAGACCCUAACAGUGAGUAAAGACUGGUCUUUAGCAGCAGCUGUCCUGGACACAACUAUCAACGGACAGAAGAACACAUUUCAGUGUAUCUCCAGGAAAGGAGAUGAAAUCAAGCUUCAGUACAAGGGCACAGUGUUCAAAGUCGAGGUUCUGCCCAAAAAAGCCACAGACUAUAUACACGUGAUGCCAGAAAAACCAAAGGUUGAGGCAAGUGGAGAGGUGAGGUCCCCGAUGGCUGGCAGUCUAGUCUCCAUCUCUGUACAAGCGGGACAGGACGUUGCCAUUGGACAGGAGGUCUGUGUCAUUGAAGCCAUGAAGAUGCAAAACAGCCUGACAGCUGCCAGGAGUGGCAAGGUGAAAGCGGUACACUUUGAAACUGGGACCAACGUCUCAGAAGACGACUUGAUAUUGGAGCUAGAAUAACUCAGAACUAUCUCAAUGUGUUGUGCCUCUUUAGUCUUGCCUGGAUCAAUGUUGAGAGCUUAAGAAGUUGCCCUCGCAGGGGUGUCUCUGUACUUGUCGUAACAGGCUUUAGGUUGAAUAUGUUGAAUAAUGAAACUUCUAAGAUUUAGGCCUACGUCACAUUUCCAAACUUGGGCCCGGCAGCUUUCGGAAACGAAAAGUAUGAUAUAAAGACACAAAAACUACGCAAGAAGAUAAUGUGUAUAAUCUAACAUAUACAUUUCUAUUUUUCAUUUCCAAAAACAGCCCGGCGGGGUCCCGGUUUGGAAAUGUAAUGUUAGCCGUACUUAGUCUAAGUCCACAGUAGAGAACGAAAGUCGUUAUUUUUACAAAAAAGUUGGAUAACAAUCCUUGAACACAGGACAGAAAAAUGGGUCAGUAAAUACUAUUUAAAAAGCCUACUUUGAAGAAACAUGUGAAAUAAAAUUUUGCA